AUGAGGUCUGUACUUCACAAAAUACUUUUUUUGCUGAGUAACUCAAUAUUUGUCAGUCGUUUCCUAAGUAGGCUUCAUCAACUCAAAUCCAGUGGAUAUGCACGUCUGAGCGCAGGUCUCAAAGUUGCCCUUUUCAUACUCGCAUCCCUCAAAACAGUGUUGCAGUCGUUUCUGAAAUUGCCAACCCCAAACUACCGAAAAUUUAUUAAUUUCGCUUUCCAUAAAAUUUUUAACAUUUUCAACUGGCCGAGUACAGUUUUCCGAACAAUUCUCGACCUGCCUUUGAGGCCAGUGGACCCCUCGGUAUUUUGUUGGUCAAUAUCGAGAACUAAACGGUGUGGAGUGCUGGCUAUAAAAAUCGGUCUGCUUCCCCAAUGGCUGAAAAGUGGGAAACAAAUCUACACGACAGUCCUUCAGGUGUCCACCACAAUCCACAUCCACAGAGUGGACAGAGGGUUCCAAGGGGUGAUGAAGAGGUGGGGGUUUUCGGGGGGUCCUGCUGGGCAUGGAAGUACAAAAUUCCACAGGAGGGCGGGGGCGCCUGGAAAGAUGUUGAAGGGGACCAAAAUGCCAGGACAUAUGGGGAAUGAAUUGGUGACUACGUUGAGUCUUCAAAUUUGGCGAGUCAUUCCCGAACAUGACAUUCUUUUUGUGUCUGGACCUGGAAUUCCUGGCCCCAAUCAUUCAUUCGUUCGAGUCUGGGAUUGUUGUGGAGCCAAAACUAUUGAGAAAAUUGUUGAGAGCAAACGAUUUCCUCAUGUCCCUACUUAUUCGUCUGAUGACUUGUGUUUAAAUGAGGCUUUCGAUGAAGCCAUUUCUCAAUUUUCUGAACCAUCGAUUGUGUUUUAA